AGUUCCAUGCAGAUCUGGCAUGUGUACCACACCGUUGCAUGUCCCUUCUUCUCAAUUGAUUGCAAGUGAAAUCUUUCCUAUUCCAGUGGUAAAAGCCCUUCUCUUCCCUGGAGCUGUUGCAAAUGGACUUGUAAGGAACAUGACUGUUCCAAGCUGGAAUACCGUAUUAGACAUCUAUAACUUGACCAAUGCAAAGGAAUCCCCUCCAGUUACUGACCUUCAGCGCUUAGAGGUUCUAGCGGGAAGCUACUUUGCUGUGGCUGGAGCCCUUGUGGGUCUUCUAAAACGAGGGAGGAUGAGCAUGUUUGGGACACUUCUAAUGCUUUGGGGCCUCAUCAAAGAAGGGAUCCUCGGAAAGCCUGUGAACACAGAUCCUACGAAAGCUGUGUUUGUCUACCCAACUAUGCUCAUUGCCGUAAUCGCUGCCUUCUCAUCUGUAAAGUAUGAUGUGAAGAAGGUUGUUAGAAGUGCACCUGCUAGGCCCAUUGCAAAGCCUCUUAUUAGGUCUUCAAAAUCUAAGCUCAAAAGAGUUGAAAUAUGUAAUCCAUCAAAUUUUUGA